CAAAGUUGAAUUAGCUAAGUCGGCCGAUUUAACUAGAAUUUCAUGCUAUAGAUUCUAACUCAUCAAUUUGAUCCGGUCCAUUUAGAAAAUCACAUGCAAGAUUUGGAAUAACCUAACUCUACCAUCUCUGUUUGGAUCCACGGCUCUCUCCGGUUAUCAUCUGCUCUUCCUCUUAGGUCCGGAGCAGUGAAUAGAUCAAGCUUAGAUGGGUGGUGCUGAGUAGGUUCCAGACCAUUCAAAGGCAAUUGUUAUGCAUGAUCCAUCAAUGUUCAACCACACAGGUCCGAACAAUGUACCUCCAUUUGCUAACCCGGGAGUACAGAAUGGUAUUGCAGAUUCAGCUGCCUACAAAGCGAAGAAAUGUCAGGAUGCAUUACAGGAGGCGGGUCUGAGAGUCAAGCAACAUGAAGAUAAUAUGAAGUUUUUAAAGACUAAGAAGAACAAAUUGGAUGAUUCGAUUAUAGAUUUACAAGUUGCACUUGGAAAAUAUCAUUCAGCAACCAGCCCUGCAAUUGAGAAUGAUGGUCUCUCCUAUGUACGGAGUGAGGAGGAAACACUUGAGCAGAUUUUAAAGCAUGAGGAAUCUGCAGCUGCGGUUUUGUGCCAAUUGAAAACCCUUCAUGGUACCCAGGCUUCUAAUUCUCCAUUAUCAAAAGAUGUGCUUGGUGUUGUUGCCACACUUGCAAGCGUUGAAGAUGAUAAACUCAGCAGGGUUCUCUCAGAUUACUUGGGACUAGAAACCAUGUUAGCUGUGGUAUGCAAGACCUAUGAUGGUGUUAGAGUGCUGGAAACAUAUGACCAGGAGGGCCUUGUAGAUAAAAGCUCUGGACUUCAUGCACUUGGAAUGUCCAUCGGGCGGCCCUUGGAUGGCAGAUUUCUUGUCAUCUGCCUUGAAAAUUUAAGUCCAUUUGCUGGUGAUUUUAUAGCUGAUGACCCACAAAGAAGGCUUGAUCUUCUCAUACCCAAAUUACCAAAUGGGGAAUCUCCACCUGGCUUUCUUGGAUUCGCUGUAAAUAUGAUCAAUGUGGAUAGCAUUAAUCUGUUUUGUGUAACAAGCAAUGGUCAUGGCCUAAGAGAGACCUUGUUCUACAAUCUCUUUUCACGCUUACAAGUGUACAAAACGAGGAUCGAGAUGCUUCGAGCUCUCCCAUGUAUAAGCAACGGGGCGAUCUCUUUGGAUGGUGGAAUUAUAAAAGGUGCUGGCAUAUUUUCACUGGGAAGCAGGGAUGUAGAUGUGAAAUUUCCCAAGAACUUUGGAAGGACAUGUCCGCCUCAAAACUUUUUCCAAGUUGAGAAUAAAAUGAAGGAAAUUAAAUGGGAAAGAGAAAGAAUUUUAGAAGACAUGCAGAGAGAACAAGCAUUGCUAGACCAUGCAAGGUUCAACUUUGAAGUAAAAAAACAAGAGUUCAUCAAACACAUUGCUCAGAGCUCAUCAUAUGCCACUCAAAUGCAGCAACACCAGAUUUAGCAUUGAAGUUUUGAAGGAGUGGGUAAUGUCAGGAGUAAGAUUUUCUGGUGUAUAUGAAGAUGGAAGCUCAACAUAUUUAUCUCUGCAACUAUAGGCUCCACCUUCGGUCUCUGCGUCAUCUUAUUUAUGUACAUGUACAUGCUGGUCUACGUCCCAGCUUAGUCCGUAGUGUACCAGCCAUCUGUGCUAAUUUAUUCUUUAUUUCGUACAUGAAUGAAUCAUCAUAUGUCCUUGGUCAAGGCACUGCUGUUGUACUAGGAAGAUAAAAAAAAAAAAAAUAACUGUUUUAGGAAUUAUUUGACUGCUUUCUUUUAAUUUAAUAUUAACCCUACUCGGUGCUUUAAAUCAGUUGUACACUACUUUAGAGACGCUUGUUUGACAAAGAUGUACACUACAUCUUUGCCUAGUUUUUUUAUCCUAUGAACUAUUGAGGUGUUGCCUUCUUCGUAUCAGCUUUUCAUGUAAAAAGCGAGUGUUCAAUAUAUUAGACAAGGUUUGCGUUCUUUGUUAUGUGCGCAGCCUGAUUGACAAGUUCCUCAUUUUAUGAUUCAUCGUAGACACGUAGCCUCUUGAAUAUGAUAGUCCCUGGCAAGUGGCAAAACAAUGGUCUAGCGGUAAGGGUGUAGACUGUAGGGUUGAGGAUAAUCCGAACCAGACUGGAAAAUUAGACCAAACCGGAGUACCGGACUGGUUGAUCAAGAGACUCAAGACCGGACACGGACAGGUUACACUGGUACGGUCUUCAAUUCAAAGAUUUUUGUGGUUCCAUUUUUAGCCCGGUCCAAAACUUGGAAUAUUUUGGUCUGGACUAGUUAGAUUGAAAUUUAAAUAUUAUAUAUAUAAAUACAAAUGUGAUAAUAAUGAGUAGCGUUUAUAUCAGGCCGGGAAGUCCUACUAACUUCAUUUUAGGUUGAAAAUGAAGUUUAAGAUUAAACUUUUUUUGUUGGGAAAACUGUCAAAUACGUCCUCGAACUUUCAUAAAAAGUCAAUUAAGUCUUUCUAUAGGAGACUCUGUCCGGUCGUCGCGAUUUGGGCGAUUCCU